GCUCCGCGCGCGUGUGUGUGUGUGUUGGUGUCGCUUGCAUAAUCACACUGCGGUUCAGUCAAACCGUGAAUGUCUAACUUCACUCACCGGCUUACCUCGUCACAAUCAUGGCAACUCCAAGUAAAGUCUGCAUCAUCGGCUCGGGAAACUGGGGUUCUGCUAUUGCCAAGAUAGUGGGUACCAAUGCUGCUCAGAAUUCAAACUUUGACAACACUGUAAAAAUGUGGGUAUUUGAGGAGACGGUCAACGGACGAAAACUGACUGAAAUAAUCAACAACGAGCAUGAAAACGUGAAGUACCUUUCUGGACACAAGCUGCCCACAAAUGUGCUGGCCGUCCCAGACCUGGUGGAGGCGUCCAGAGAUGCAGACAUCUUGGUAUUUGUGAUCCCUCAUCAGUUUGUUGGGAAAGCGUGUGAUUCCAUGAAGGGGAAGAUUAAGAGUGACGCACUGGGGAUUUCCCUCAUCAAGGGUGUAGACGAGGGACCCGAUGGACUUAAACUCAUCUCUGACGUCAUCCAGGAGAAGCUGGGUAUCACCAUGAGUGUGCUGAUGGGGGCCAACAUUGCCAAUGAGGUUGCGGAUGGGAAGUUUUGCGAGACCACCAUUGGAUGUAAGAAUAAAAACCAUGGUGCUCUCCUAAAGGAACUCAUGCAGACCGACAACUUUAGAGUAACUGUAGUAGAGGAAUACGAUGUGGUGGAAAUCUGUGGAGCCCUGAAGAACAUCGUUGCGGUCGGGGCCGGCUUCUGUGACGGUCUGGGCUUCGGGGACAACACGAAGGCGGCAGUGAUCAGACUGGGGCUGAUGGAGAUGAUCGCGUUCGCGCGCAUCUUCUGCACGGCUGGGCCAGUGUCUUCUGCCACCUUCCUGGAGAGCUGCGGCGUUGCCGACCUCAUCACCACCUGCUACGGCGGCCGUAACCGCAAAGUAGCGGAGGCCUUUGUCAAGACAGGGAAGUCCAUUGAGGAGCUGGAGCAAGAGAUGCUGAAUGGUCAGAAGCUUCAGGGACCAGCGACGGCAGCUGAGGUCUAUCUCAUCCUCAAGCACAAGAACCUCAUUGACAAGUUCCCUCUGUUCAACGCAGUGUACGAGAUCUGCUUCCAGGGUCAUCCGGUCUCAGAGUUUAUAAGCUGUUUGCAGAACCACCCGGAGCACAUGUGAGAGAAUUACCAAGCUGACCAAGUGCCUUCUACAUUAGAGAAAUCACACCUUUCACCUCUUGCCCAUCAGAAAUGAUCGGGCAGGAUGAUCAGUCACUCCAUGGCUGCACAUUAACUUAACACCUCCAGCCAGUGAGUAGAUUUUUUUACACUCACUUUUCAGUGUUCAGCUGAAGUUUUAUUUCAUAGAUAAUUCUGAAACUUGAAGGAUAAUUGUUGGUUCCAGUUUUGCCUAAUUUUAUUACUUUAAAUCUGUAAAACUGUAAUAAUUAUAUUACUUUACUUGGAAAACUGAAGAAUCUCUCUUUUUUUUUUUAAAUCUUCAGAGAAUAAAGUCGUAAUAUUGUGAGAAUAAAGUCGUAACUAUUAUGCAAGCAACCUGCAACCUGUGUCAAGAUGAGAAACGUGGAGCAUUUCGUGAAGUUACAUUUUGAUUGGGGCUUCACAAAUACAGAAAUACUUAAUAUUUUUGGCACACCAGCACCGCAUUAUCUUUAGCAUCAGGACUUUGAAUAGAUUGUGAAAGAAACAGAGUCUGUUCGGAAGAAAGAAUCACACAGACUUGGAGGAAAUCAUCUCUUUUGUGGACUGGAGGAGGAGGAAAUGGCUGGUAGCAGUCGCUGGUUACGUCUGUGUCCUGUUGCUAUUUAAUAAUAAUACAUUAUAUAAUGAUUAAAAAAAAAGAAUCUUAAUAUUACGACUUUAUUCUUGUAAAAUUGCGACUUUAUUUGGGCCUACUACUCCUGCCGUAUGGAUGAAAUCAGAACACGUUGUCUAUUUUUAAACGACAGCCAAAUCACAACACUAAAACCGCCGCGUUGCCUCAUCAAUCAUCAAUAUGCAAGAAUACUGCACAUGAACUCUUUGUCCAUUUAGUCAUGAAAAUACUUCCAGUUACUACCACACUCGCAUGCAUUCAGACUUUCAGAUUUCCACUCAGGCCAUGGCACCUCCUUUUAAAAUGUGUGUUGCCAUCCAGAGAAUGCCAUGGCCACUUCAUGUCCAUUUUUUUUCCCAAUCAUAGCUGCAAUACCAUACUACCUUAUUUCUUCCACAAUUUAUCUUUAACUUCCUCUUGUGUACUGUAUUAUGAACAUACUGUAAAUGAAAAGUGCCUCCGGACGCACGGUUGCUAAAUCUUAACCAUCGUCCAUUUUUCUUUUAGUCCAUAACGUUCCGUCCAUUACAUCGUUUGUUACUGUGACCCUGUCUGACACUCAGCGUCCGUGUCGUGGCUCAUGCAUGUUGGACAUAAUGUGAACGUGUGCCUGUGAGUAAAUGAAUUUUCUCAUCAAACAACA